AUGCCUCCUGUUUGGUUCAUCACCGGGGCUUCCAACGGUUUUGGCCUGUCCCUUUGCCUACGCGCCUUGAAAGCUGGGCACAAUGUCAUCGGCACGAUGCGCAACAAAUCAAAGGCAGCGCAAGCACUUAAGAGUAUCGAAGAUGCUGGUGGCAAAGUCUUCGAGCUAGACAUGACUGAGCCCCAGGCUAGCGUAGCCAAGAAAGUCCAAGACGCCGAGGCUAUCUACGGCAAGAUCGAUGUUCUCGUAAAUAAUGCCGGUUACUCUCUUCUUGGCCCUAUCGAGCUCUUCACUGAGGAAGAGGCCAAUCGCCAAAUCCAGACCAAUUUGUUUGGCCCGCUGUACGCUAUCCAGGCUGUCCUUCCGGGCAUGCGCUCUCGCCGGUCCGGCACUAUCGUCAACAUCAGUAGCGUGGCUGGGCAGGACGGGCUGGCUACUUGUGGUCUGUACGCAGCUAGCAAGUUUGCUCUCGAGGGUCUUUCCGAGUCCCUGGCGAGGGAGGGAGCCGAGUUUGGCAUCUCAGUCCUGAUCGUCGAGCCGGGCGGUUUCCGCACCAACUUCCUAAAUGCCAUGGUGGUGAAUGAAAAAGGCCUGGGCGAGAAAAACGAGUAUCAGGGCACUCAGGUGGACAAGACGAUGCAGAACUUUGCUGCCUAUAAUGGGAAGCAGCAGGGUGAUCCGGAAAAAGGCGCCGAGAGAAUCUGGGGGGCGGUCACUGGGGAAGGUCAAGGCGGCCAAGUGAAGGGAAAAGUCCUUAGACUGCCGCUUGGGAAGGACUGUUUCGAAAGAAUCUCCCAAAAAGUCGAUCAGGUGAAGAAAGACCUCGAGAUGACGCAAAGUCUGGCAUUUUCGACGGAUAUUUAA